AUGGAGCAACCACCAUAUACCGGAGACGACUUCAACGCCUCCACCGCCGCUGAGGUUCAACCGAAGUACGAUCCGAAGGGAGGCGGCUCACGGCAUCCCAUCUACCGGGGUGUCCGUAAGAGGCGUUGGGGCAAAUGGGUGUCCGAGAUUCGGGAGCCGCGCAAGAAGUCACGCAUUUGGCUCGGCUCGUUUCCAGUGCCGGAAAUGGCCGCUAAGGCCUACGACGUAGCGGCGCUUUGCUUGCAAGGACGUAAAGCGCGGCUCAACUUCCCCGACGAAGUGGAUGAUUUGCCUAUACCCUCGACGUGCACGGCUCGAGAUAUUCAAGCCGCAGCGGCGAAGGCUGCUCAUUUGCCCGCUUCGGCGAAUAAAAUUCAAGAAGAAUCGUCCGAGGACGGGGACGAUUUCUGGGAGGAAAUAGAACUGCCGGAGUUGAUGAACAGCGGAUGCCGGUGGGCGUUCGCCGACGACUAGUUGUGGCUAGACGGAGAAGCUCAACCACAGCAACACUUCUUGACAUGUCUGUAA